AUGGGCCUUCCCCACCACCUAUCGCCAGUUCACCCCGGCUCUUCGAGGCAAUUCAUCCUUAUUGCCGCCUAUUGCAUCGGCUUCAUCUACCUGUUCAGCCUCUUUUUCCGGUCGGCUACGGACAGAACAAAUUUUUUCGAGAAAAACCACGAAUGUGUGUUCGACAAGACGGGCGAGCUGGAUGCCAUUGAGCUGUGGCGCCGAUUGCCGCAAGUGGUGAACCAGUGCAGCGUUCGCAGUCGGCUGAACAUUCAAGGAUUUGUCAACACCGACGAGACAAAAUACCACGUGAUGCCCACUGGAUAUGCCUACGCCCCGGGCCAUGAAUGCGCGGUUAUCUCGCUUGGGAUUGGGAAGGAUGUGGAAGCCGAGCGACAAAUGCUGACGGCCCUUCCGCAUUGUGACUUCUUUGGCGCGGAUCCGGUCAAUGACACGAACGCCGAUCUAUAUCCAGAGGUAGGCCGCUUCUUCAACAUUGCCGUUGGCGCGUCGAACGGGACGAUGAAGGCUGAGAUUUUGGAAGAUCACUACAAAUUUCGCGAGGUGCCGUAUAUUGACAUUGCGACCUUUGUGCGAAGCUAUGUCAAACGCCGUGUUGUCGAUCAAAUGAUGAUCGACAUUGAGCAUGCCGAAUAUCCGAUGCUCGACUAUCUUCUAAAAGACGGUCAACUGGCGCGGGACGGUGUUGUUGUUUGCCAGAUUAACAUCGAAAUUCACAACCCAUCCACCGAGGAGAAGGAGAUCUUCCAUCGAUUCUACACAAAGAUGAUGGCCGAACGACAGUAUACGAUGCUGACGGCCAGCACCGUUAUUGGGCAUAUUAGAAUGUUCAUGAUUAAUGACCAGGAUGAGGAGUGCCAUCAACGAUACGUCGGCGAUGCAUAUGAAAGGGAGUCCUCAACGGCGGAGAAGAAGGAG